GUGGGCGGGAGCGCCGCCGGGAGCGCGCAGGGACGCGGCCGGGCCCGGCGAGCGCGGCUCGGGUUGGAGCCGACCGGCAGGAUGAGCCGGUUCCUGAACGUGCUGCGCAGCUGGCUGGUGAUGGUGUCGGUCAUCGCCGCCGGGAAUACCCUGCAGAGCUUCCGCGAUCACGGCUUCCUCUCUGAGAAGCUGUACACCGCCAGCCCCGGCCUCGUGAAUGGGCUCCAGGCUCGGACCUUCGGCGUCUGGACCCUGUUGUCAUCAGUGAUCCGCUGCCUCUGCGCAAUCGACAUCCGUAACAGGACGCCAGAUAAUGCCUGUGACUUCCAGUGCGCCAUAGAACAUGCUGCCCUGUUCUCCUCUCAGCUGUUGCCCAGGGAGAUUUUGCACCUCACGAGGCAAGGGACAAAGUCCCCUCUGUGCUGCCGCCUCUAUCACAUCACACUCUUUACCUUCUUUUUGGCCCUUGCUCACUUCCUCUCUGAGGUCUUCAUCUACCACACUGCCGCCUUGACAAUUGGAGUUAUGGCACCCCUCAUGGUAGCAAGUUUCUCUAUUAUGGGGAUGUUGAUUGGACUGCAAUACCUGGAAGUAGAAGCGCUAUCACAAAACAAGAAGAAAAAAUGAAGUUGAGCACUUUUUGUGGAUCAGUGUCAUCUUCUACCUUCACUGCCAGACUUCCAUGAAAGCUCAGCUGAAUUUCUCCAGGACACCAGUCCCGCUGGUGGGUCAGUGUCAGACUGUGUCAAUCACUGUCAUUACCAAGUUGUUUUUGUCUUGUCCAGGCAACAUUUCAACUGACUGAUGUCAAAGACCAAGUCCCAGUGGAGUUUGUGUCAAAGCUUAUGGGAGGCAGUUGGUGACUGACUCCCUGGGUAGCAGGCAAAAGUCUCUGGCAUGCCCAGAGCUCUAAGGACUUCUGUCCCAGUGUACUUGUGGGGACAAGAUGCAAGAACUACCCAGGAUGUGCUGAACACUGGACCAGAGAGAAUGGGUGCUACCCCUGGCAUUGCUGUGUAACUUGCAUGUGUGUGUUCCCCAGGGGCCAUUUCUAAUAAAUGACCAAAAACUGCA